CUGCGGAAACGGAAGGCUUCAAACGAUUUUAUCCGGAAAGAAGAAGCAGCAGCAGCAUACCAUGAACGCCUUCACUCAAUCUACAUCUCCGCCGCUCCACUCGCAAGCCACCACCAAGCCCCGCCUCACCCACGACCGUCCCCACCGCCUCCGCCUCUGCCUCCGGCCCUCUCUUCCCGUCGUCCGCUCGUCCCUCUCCGGCGGAGAGCCCGUCGCCUCCCGCCGCGGUGCCGUCGCCUCCACCCUCGCGCUCGGGCUCCUCACCGCGGCGGGGGCCGCGCGGGCGGAGAGCUGGGGCACGCGGUCGUUCCUGAUCGAGCGGUUCUUCCAGCCGGGGCUCUCGCCGGAGGACGCGGCGGCGAGGAUCCGGCAGACGGCGGAGGGGCUGCACGACCUCCGACACAUGCUCGACACGAUGUCGUGGAGGUACGUCAUCUUCUACAUCCGCCUGAAGUCGGCCUACCUAUCCCAGGACCUGAAGAACGUGGCCUCGACGCUGCCGGAGGGUCGCCGGAGGGCUUACGUGAGCAAGGCGAACGAGCUGGUGGAUAACAUGGCCGAGUUCGAUUACUACGUCCGCACUCCCAAGGUGUACGAGUCCUACCUUUUCUACGAGAAGACGUUGAAAUCCAUCGACGACCUUGUGGAGAUGUUAGCAUAGGAGCGGGAGCAGGAGGCGUGCUCAGCGAUCAUGACCUAAUUCGCGGCGCAGUUCCAAGGCGUGGCUCGGCUUCGUGUUGAAGGUGUUUGCUGAAUCUUGUGUGAUUUUUUGGCUACAUUCUUUUCCAAGUAAGGAAAGUCUUUCUUGCUUUUGAACUCAUGGCUGCUCUACAUUAGCAUGAAGAUCAGAACAAUCUCAAAGUACAUAAUCGUGAUGUGUGAAUGAAGCUGAUAUUUAUACAGAGCCUGAUUCCUUAAA